AUGAUGACACAGGCCUUCACAUUCUGCAGUAUUUUCAACGUCAUCAUUGACUUCUUUAUGCCUAGAUUAAGGAAUUUUGUAAUUGCUUUCAAAGCUUAUAUGUUUGAAGUAUUAAAAGUAAUUCUUGAGGGAAUAAAGACUAUUAAGAUAUGUACCAGUGACAAUAAGGUCUCCAUGCUGGUACCUGCUGAUGACUAUUAUGAUGCUGAGAGAGAACUCUAUACAAGUAUUGUACAGUCUGCCAGCACAGCUAUGUCCCUCAUAAUUGACAAAUACAUUUGCCUUGCCAAUGGUUUAGCGGCCCCUGACACAGACAUCGAGGACUGCUUUGGUGGCAAGAACAAGAAGAAGCAGAGCCUCGUGAAGUACCUAGAGGAUCAUGAGCCCAAUGAAACUACUUUCAGUCAAACAAGGACUCACUCCCUCAAACCUCAACCUGCACUCCAGCCCAAAAUCUGCACUGAGGAAGAUAUUCAGAGGGAAGUACAGGAAACCUUGCAGAGGAGGAAGUCCCAGCUUGGACUUCCGGAUGACUACGAGGUGCAAGAAGUCCAAGACACGGAAUUGGAUUUGGAGUCUGGUAGUGAUCUUAGUGAAGUUGAAGAUGAAGGAGAUAUCAAGGAUGUUGUUUCCAGCAAGCAAGCCAAAGGUAGGAGGAAGAAAAAGAACAGAUCAGAAAGGAAGAAAGAAAUUCUAAAAGGAGAGACACAGGCCCAGAAUCGGAGAGUGAGAAAGAACAGGUUUUGCAGCACCAUGAAUGAAGAAGCUUUGUUUAAGAAUGCUUAUAAAGAGGAUGAGGAAAGAAGUGAGAAGGUUCAAAAGGAACCAGCAGUAAAUGAGAGAAAGCAGAGACAUGUUUUGGAUGGGCCUAAGAGCAGCAAAGCCCAUUGCAGACAAAUCACAAAUGUGAAAAAGGUGAAGGAAAAGAGUACAAGCAAGCCAGAAAUGGCAAACACAGAUGGGCCGCUUGCAUCGGUCUUGCCAGAGGAGCUUGAUCAUGGGGCUCUUCUUGUCACAGAUAUGCUGGAUACAGUUUUUAUUCCACCCUUCACAUCCCAGGAAAGACAGAAAACUUUAGUGAAAAUAGAACAGAGAUUAGGAAAACAUGUGGUGGUCUUCCAUUUCAGCUUCUUGGGUGGAAGAGACAUUGAUGCUCAGGUGGAUGCUUCCUGCAGCGAUACUAGAGAAACUCCGACAUGUCCAACCCUGAAGGAUGGAGACUUGGAAAUGCAAAGUAAAACAGCAGAGGAGACCUCAAAGAAGACUUCGAGACACCAUGAGAUCACAAGUUGCACAGAGAAAGAUACUCUCAGUGAAAAGAACAAAACAGUAAAAAAGAAAAAGGAAAAGACAGUGCCACCAACAAAGGUGACUGAAUGCCACAUCUUACAUGAUCCCAAGACUUCAGAUGCUCACUCAGAUAGAACAAACAGAAGAAAUAUGCAGAAAAAUAUUUUUAAGGAAAAGUCUUUAGGUGAAGUGAGGGUAGAUGAUUUGCCACAAGAGAUGAGGAGGUCAAGGAGGAUGUCUGCUUUAUCCAGUCAACUUACUGAGAAGUGCCAAGAGACACCAGAGCAACAUGGGCCAUCUUCUGAGCAGGGGGAGAUAACUCAUCCCUCUCUGGACACUGGGAAAAAUACAGAGCCAUCCUCAGAAGAUCACAAGAAAAGAAAGAGAGGUAGACCAAAAUCAAAAUCUCAUGUUGUAACUUCCUCUACAGUACCAGAAACAGACAUCAAAAUGAGAAAGAGGUCUAUUUCAGACCAAGUGCGCAGACAGUUGAGAUGUUUGGAAAACAUGUUCCUAUCAGAGGAGGAAAAGUUAGCAAAAGAGACCAGAAAGAAAGAGCAAGAACUUGUAAUGGUGCCUAGUGUGCCAGAAACCUUACAGUCAUUAAAAGAAAUCAAGCAAACAGUCAAUGAAAUAUCCUUAGAAAAAGGGAAUGGUAAAAAGUUCAGAAGAGAAAAUGUGGAUACACAUGAAGAUUUAACAAGCAGUAACAAAGAGAACAAACCUCUUUCCGUAAAUCCUGAAAACGUUCCAAAGCUGACAUCUACUUCAACAGAUAGCGAAACUGAACCUCAUUUACACGAGAAGAAGCAGAAGCCCAAAAUUCGUAGGGUGUUGCUAAGUAAUGGUCGAAUUGUUUUCAAGUACAAGAUGGACAGUGAAAAGGAAAUGUGCUCCCAAGAUUUACCACCAGAGAGUGUAAAAAACAUUUCUGAAAAUACAAUUGAUGAGGGACAGACAGCUGGGAGUAUCCUCGGCAAGUUAUCUGGAAAUUUAUGGCAGAAGAGAAUAUGGCAUUCAAAGCAAGAGGAGAGUAUUAUAGCUGGUAUUGACCCUGUUAAGAAAAAACGGAAGAGCUUGUCAAUGAGACAAAAACAUAAGGGUCUUAAGGCCUCUGACUCCAUGCAGCUCAAGUGGAGUAGCAUGAUAGCAAGAAACAGCACAGUGGAACUCUCAAGCAUCAUGGAAGACACCACAGUCUCGGUUAUCCAUCCCAUGGGAAAAAUGAAUGACAGAGCUAGAAAGCAGGAGGGAGGGGGACCUGGUGUGACGCAAAAGUGGAAAAUGCUACCACUCCCGGAGCAUUCAACACAAGAGGCCAGGAAAGGAAUCCAACAGAACCCUUCUCAAACAUUUGUCAAACCACAGGUUUUCCCUCAUGAUGCUAACGACUUCAAGAAGGUUAACAGAAGAAAUGCAGAAGAGAGUCUCAGGGAGGCAGAACAGUCAAAGCUCCUCCAGCUCUACAACGUCAAGAAGCCCAUGACGUCAGUGACUGAGCAGAUGGAGCAAAGUUCCAGUUCUGAUGAGGAGACGACUCUCCUGACAGUGGAAAGCUCAUCAAGGGUAGUUGGGCCUUUCCACAGUUCCCUGACCACAGCCAUUAAGCUUAGGGAACAAUUAAGGGACACUUCAGAUCAGGCAGUUCAGGUGAAUAGACCCACUGCAGUGAGUGCAGCUGACAGCAACUUACAAAAUGAAUCUGCAGUACGGAGAACCACAAAGAGCUUCUGGGAACUAGAUGACAGCGAUGACUCUCUGCCGAGGCAGACAUUCAAAGCCACGUCCAGACCAGAGAAACAGAGGCACAUAUCCCACGACCCUGCGAGAGGGCAAAAGCAUCUCACCUCUAUGGAACAGUCGAGUCAUUCCUACAGUAUCCUAGGGAACCUUAAGUGGCCCAAGAGAAAGGAGGAGAAGGUUAAUAUUAAAAAGCCUCGCUUGAUGCUGCCAAGUAAUUCUCUGCGGAUGGGCAAAGAGCAGAUGAAGUAAAGGAAGUGAGUUCUUCCUUUGCUGUUGUUUUUAAGAGGAAGUUUUUAUGAGGAAAUGUUCAGUUAACAUAUUGUUUAUGUUAGUACAUGGUUAUUUUUU